UCAGUCCGGCUGCUUGUGCGAAUGUGGACGGUCGGCGCGGACGGUUUUCGCGCGUGUAGCGUGCCACCGGAUGACCAAAACGACAUUUCGAAAUUCCAAAUUUUUAUGUGGUCGUUUUCGUCCGCAGAGCGAAGAACGCCAGCAGGGAACUAGUGUAAGAGUGCUGUGAAAAGUGAACGGACAACAAUAAGAGGUGCUCAUCAGUAAAAAAAGCAUCAAAUCGGGUACCAGGUGAAACACAAAUAACACACGUACAAUAAUCGUAAAGUACUGCCGGGCGUUGUGGUGCUCACUGUUCAAUAAAAGCGUUUUAAAGACGACAAAUUGCCGCGCGGUCAUAAUUCUCAAUUAAAUUUUUACCUUCGUCUCUGCGCGCAGUUGCUGCCGGUGUACCGCACACAAUGUAAACCGAAACAAGCGCGUGAGCAUGAGUACCGGCUCGUAAAUCGUAAUCCAUGUGCAAAAAGCUUCCAUUGGUGUUAGUGUGCCGUGCAGUUUGCGAAUAUAAAACACCGCCAACCGAUAGAUUAUAGAUUUUCCCGUGCGGAGCCUCGAAUAAAAAAGAACACAGGAACCAAAACCAGAUCGAGAGCAAAUAGACGUCUAAUUGGAAACCUGGUCACCACCCCUUCGAACCAGGGAGCCAGUUGGACCCUGGACGUGUGCAGCGAUGUGAAUUUCAUGUGUGUCUCAUGUGCGCGGAACUUCACCUGGAGAUUUACGAUUCUGAAAUAAAACGACAUUGGAAGCCGCCUCGCCGUCCGACGGUAAACGACUGGACUAUGGCAGUUGAACGCAGUACAUAAAAAUAGCUUUAUAAACUAGUGCAAUUGGAUUUACUCUUUGGAUUACUUAGUGGAUUACAUAUAAUCAACUCAACUCAUAACCAUUGGAUAUAUUAAGAAAUUUGAUAAAUCUUCAUCACUCUGACAUUUAAGACUCAUUAUUGGAACAUUGGAUACUCGUCAUUCCAAGGAUUAUCUUAAUUAAUUAACGCAUAAACGAAACCUAAAUUGAAGUGAUUUAAUAGCAGUGUGAUCUAAAAUGAUCUUAAGAUAUAAUGUUCACUGCGCGGGCUUAGUCUAACACGUCUAAGCCGUUGUUGCCACGUGGCAAACUGUGAUAAAUCCAGCCAGCAGGCGACUUAAAACCAAGUGACUUUUUCCCGGUAUUGAAUGUGUGAUUCAGCCAACGCCACGAUGGAGAUGAGUUCGUACUUUGCGAAUUCGUACAUGCCGGACAUGCGGAAUGGCGGUGUUGUACCCGCGGAGCACCCGCAUCAGCAUCAACAUUACGGUGCGGCUGUGCAGGUGCCUCAAGGUGGGGUACAGACCGAUCCGAAUUCCUGUGGUGGAGACCCGAGUGUAGUGGGUCUGCGGCAGGGUAUCCCUCCGCAUCACUAUGGUGGUCCACCAACAGGAGGUCAGCCACCUCAAGGUAUGCCCUACCCUCGUUUUCCGCCUUAUGACCGCAUGGAUAUCCGCAAUGCAGGUUACUAUGAAGCGCAACAGCAGCAGAUGGGCCAACAGGGUUACCGACCUGAUAGCCCUACUAGUAUGGCUCACAUGGGCGGCGGACAACCUAACGGCCAUCAAACCCCCGUGGUAUAUGCUAGUUGCAAACUGCAGGCGGCGGCGGUGACGCAAGGUGGGGUAUUAGGACCUACAGGUAGCCCACCGCUGGAUACCACGCAGGGCAUGAACAAUCAUCAUAUGGGUCACCAUAUGCAGGAGCAACAUCCACAGCAGCACCACCAACAGAACCAUCACCAGCAGCAACAGCAACAACACAUGAUGUACGGCCAGCAGGGCGCUAUGCAUCAACAGCAUCAGCAACCGCCGCUACAGCAACAACCGCCCAAUCAACAACCUCCUACCAACACGUCUGCGUCGUUACCCAGUCCGCUAUACCCGUGGAUGAGGAGUCAAUUUGAGAGAAAAAGGGGAAGGCAGACGUACACCCGCUACCAGACGCUGGAGCUAGAGAAGGAGUUCCACUUCAAUCGGUACCUGACGCGGCGGCGGCGCAUCGAGAUCGCACACGCGUUGUGCCUCACCGAACGGCAGAUCAAGAUCUGGUUCCAGAACCGACGGAUGAAGUGGAAGAAGGAGAACAAGACCAAGGGCGAGGGCGGCUCCGAGGGCAACGGUGACGACCUGAGUCCGCAGGGAUCGCCGCAAUAAGACCGCCAAACCAAAACUACUAGCAGUAUGAUCAAGGACUUUCAUGGAGGUUUUUUUUCAAGAAGAAGCCAGCGAUCACGAGUCAAGUCAUAUUCAUCGUUGAGAUGAACAUAGUGCAUUUUUUCAAGUUUAUACAUAGGUUUACUAUUCUUUGAGCCGGAGGAGCAAAGAGAAUCUAGGAAUUGCAUCGAUCGUCACGAAUUCUGGAGCGCGCCUUGGAGGACGGAAAGGAUUGCAAAAACACAGUCAAAACCACACGGACCUCGAGACUUUUAAAACUGUUUAAACAAACUUUAAUUCGACGCCGGCGCGGCGCGAGCGAAGAGUUUAUAAUAAUUUUAAAAAACAAAUUUAAUUAAUUAUAGUUUAUUUAUUUAUCUCAAGAUGUAAUAAUUACGUACGUAUUACGAGCCCACCACUAAAAUAAACACGUUGGAGGUAACGCAGUGUUAUCGCGCGGAAUGGACCAUUGCGAUUGAGGCCAGUGCGACGUGCAAUUAUUCUAAUCUAAAGCAAAAAACUGAAAUUUAAACACAAAUAAUUUUCUCUUUCGUCAUGUACUAUAUAGCUGAAGAAAACUGCUGGAGCACAUGUGUGGAGGAUGAUGAAUAAGAUGGAGUCGAGUCAAGGUCAGUGAUAGACUUUCCAAAAAAAUGAAACAAAAAACACAGCAAACAAUAAAUCGUCCUUUGGCGCGUCCAGGGAUGAGGAAACCAAAUACGUAAUUAAUUUAUUAAUUAAUAAAUACAAGACAUGCGCAUACGUGAAUAGUUUAUUACUUACAUAUUUGUUUUUGACAUUUUUUUGACAACAUUUAUGCAUCGCAGAAAUUUUCGUUCCUAACACAUCACACACACAAAAGAAAACUUGGACUUUCAUAAUCUGUCAUUAAAUGAGAGCCGAAAAGUCCUUCUUAAAUUAAAUUAUUAAUAAAUUUAUAAAGAACGUACGAACAUGUUACACUUAAAUAAGGAUAUAGCAAAUCUGUACAUUUAAACAUAAUACUAAUGGUGUGCAUUCAGAUGGAUGCUGGAGAAUUGAUGAUUUUUAACUGUAAAAAUAUUUAUAUUUGAUUGAUAGAGCGUACUUCUUCCUAGAUAAACAUUGCUUGCACAGCGGAUUACACUUCAAUAUCGUCUGUGCGAUUUUCGGUGUGUACAUAAUUACAAAAAAUUAUUUAAUUUAAAAAACGAACGUGGUGAUAUUGAUGUGCAGCCGUGUUGGGCAAGGAAAAUUUUUUUCCAAACGUUUCAUUGAUUAACACUUCGCAGCUUACACGUCUAAUGUGCAGCUAUGAGAAAAUUUUGAGCAGGAUAUGAAAUAUACGAAAUUGAUUAUAAAUAAAAAUAAAACUUCUUUCUCUAAAAAAAUUAAAGAAAAACUCAAUAAAAAGCACUUUUAUGCCAAAGCUAGAAAUACGUAUAAUAUUAUCUUAUUCUUCUAAUUCUCAAUUUGUAGGAUUCUUUUAAUUGCAUGUAUUUUUUGUUUUUCUGCUGCAGAAUACCGAUUACUUUUGAAACGAAACGAAAUACGUAAUUUUUGGACUUAAAUAAAACUCAGAUACGUAAAAAUACAUUGUAUACUCGUUGAACGUACUCAGACACGUACGAAACAAGUCAUUUUUGUACAUAUUACCAAUAAUAUGAUGAUAUUAAUUAAUUCAUAUGAAGAAGUAUGAUAUAAUAAUAUUUAAAUGAAAACACUAAAUUAGCAGCGCAGCGAUUGGACGUAUUUAUUCAGAAAACUUGUUAAUAUAAGAUUAUUUCAUUAUUAUUUCACUUCUUAGACACAAUGAUAAAAUAAUCUUAUAUAUUGGUAGAAUCAGAAUCAGUACACCGUCAACCAAAGACCAUUUAAUUUUGUUUUCCACAUGGAAACUUAAUGUUUGACUUGAGACAAAUGAAUGUAAUUUUAGUCAAAGAUUAAUUUUCGUACAAUAUUUAUAAACAGGUUUGAAAGCAACUGAUAUACGUAAAACUUGUAUAUAAUUAACUUAUAAACUACAUUUAAGAGAUGAUGAGGAACGACGAACACGAAAGACAGUCCCAAAUAAGAUAAAUAUUGCAAAAUUAAAUGUUGUUCAAAAAAGUUGUAAGAUUUUUACUAAGAAAUAAACUAUUAAUGUAACAAAUCCGAAUAAACGACUAAACGUAACAGAUUCGUUUGAGUAAUACAAAACUGUUGGUUUUGCACACUAUACACUAAAAAUAAAAAUAAAAGACAGGGGCAACCAAACCCGGUGAAACGAGAUUGAAAAGAGCAUGCUGUAUAUUUGUACCUAUAUGGAUAUAUUGAUUAUGAGAAUUAAUUAAUUAACGAAAAAACAAAAAGGAUAAUAGCAUAUAGUUAUUUGUGCUGUGGUGUAAUAAUUAAUAUUUUUAGUAUAUAUUAUAUAUAUUAUUAUGAUUAAACGAAACGUAUUCGUAUCGUAAACACACAAUGCGAGAGAAAAAGUACAUACUUACAUACGUAAUUCAUAAAACAUGAUCAUAAAAAUUGCAAAACAACCACAACAUUCAGAUGCGCGAUGGAAAAUCAAAAUUCUAAUGGUAGGAGUACAUAUUGUAAAAGAUUUUUAAGAAAAACCGAAUGGGAAAUCCAAGAUUUGUUUCAAUAUUGAUUGAUGACGCAAUGAAAAUCCGAAUAAAACAAAAAGUAUUGUAAUAUAUUUGAAGAAUUAAGAGUAAUAAAAAUAUAUAAAUAUUUAAAAAUAA